ACUUUUUAAUUUUCCUUUUUCCCAUUAACCAUUUUCUUAUUUGUCUUUCCACUGAAGAUACGAAGAAGGAAGAAGAUGAACAUAGAAAGAGAGGAGAAUCGUAAAACAGUUAAUCACAAGUCGCCAUGAGAGUUCCUUACUCCAUACUCUUCUUCUUCCUCCUUCUCUCCGUUAACGGCGUGAAGCUGAACGAGAUUCAUCGAAGAAUUCUCCACCAGCCGCUUUUCCCGGAGACUUCUACUCCUCCAGAUAUCGAGUCCACGCCGCCUCCUCCUCCUGACGCCCCCGAUCAGCCUUUCUUCCCUGAGAAUCCUGACCAGAAUCAGCUCCCUCCUCCUCCUCCGCCUCCUGCUUCCUCUGACGUCAAUGGCGGAUUACCGAUUCCGACGGCUACUCCUACGCAACCGGCGAAACCUGGGAAGAGAAUCGCGAUCGUCGUCUCCGUCGGAAUCGUCACGCUCGGCAUGCUCUCAGCUCUGGCUUUCUUCUUGUACCGCCACAAAGUAAAACACGCCGGCGAUACUCAGAAACUCGUUAAUAACGGAAGAGGCGAUGGCGGUUCUCGAAUAUUCCACGAAGAUCCGAGACCACCACCACCACCAACGACGUUUCUCUACAUGGGAACCGUUGAACCGGUUAGGGACUCUAUUAGUAGUGGAACUAAUAAUAACGUACCGGUUAAUAAUUCGUCUCCGUACCGGAAAUUAAAUUCGGUUAAGAGAUCUGAUCGCUACCGUCCCAGUCCCGAGCUUCAACCGCUUCCACCGUUAUCUAAACCGUCUGACUACAACUCUCCGUCUCCCUCUUCGUCGUCUUCCGACGGCGAGUGCCGAGAGACUGCUUUCUACACGCCGCACGGAUCCGCCAUCAGCAGCGAUGACGGUUACUACACGGCGUUUCCUCGCUCCGGCAACGGCUAUUCGAUUCCUCACUCGAAGAGGACUUCUCCGAGGUCCAAGCUCGGUUCGGGAGCAGGAUCUAGGUCGCCGGAGAUGAAGCACGUUAUCAUUCCGUCGAUAAGGCAGAAACAACCGCCGCUAGGGGGAUUGGAAACUGAUGAACAAGAGCUUCCUUAUUCAAAGAGCAAGCCUAAGUUCUCUCAGCCUCCUCCUCCGCCUAAUAGAGCGGCGUUUCAGGCGAUUACUCAGGAUAAGCCUCCGCUCCAUACACCGCCUCCUCCGCCACCACCGCCGCCUCCUCAGAUAAGGCCGAGAGAUGUCCAGAUACCUCGAAAGCUAACGUUCAAGACUCGAACGAAAGCUGUUGAAGAGGCCAAAAGUGAAUCAGGAGAGGGGGAGACGGAUCCAAGCAGGCCAAAGUUGAAGCCACUCCACUGGGACAAAGUACGCGCGAGCUCUGAUCGAGCCACAGUUUGGGACCAGCUCAAAUCGAGCUCAUUCCGAGUGAACGAAGAUCGGAUGGAGCAUCUGUUUGGUUGCAACUCAGCGAGUUCAUCAGCUCCAAAGGAACCUGUGAGAAGAAGGUCAGUGAUGCCUCCGGCUGAGAAUGAGAACAGAGUUCUUGAUCCUAAGAAAUCUCAGAACAUUGCUAUCCUCUUAAGAGCACUCAAUGUAACACGUGAGGAGGUGUCAGAAGCUCUUCUAGAUGGUAACCCCGAGAGCUUAGGAGCAGAGCUUCUAGAGACGUUGGUGAAGAUGGCUCCAACAAAGGAAGAAGAGAUCAAACUCCGGGAGUACUCUGGUGAUGUCUCGAAACUAGGAACAGCUGAAAGAUUCCUUAAAACCAUUCUCGAUAUUCCUUUUGCAUUCAAAAGAGUUGAAGCAAUGUUGUAUAGAGCCAACUUUGAUCCAGAAGUCAAGUAUCUGAGGAACUCUUUCCAGACACUAGAGGAAGCAAGCUUAGAACUAAAAGCAAGCAGGCUAUUCCUUAAGCUCCUCGAGGCUGUUCUGAUGACAGGAAACCGAAUGAACGUUGGCACUAACCGCGGAGAAGCCAAAGCCUUCAAACUUGAUACUCUUCUGAAACUCGUAGACAUAAAAGGAGUUGACGGCAAGACCACAUUGCUUCACUUUGUCGUCCAAGAGAUCACAAGAUCCGAGGUGACAGUAGAUGAAACCACCUUCCAUGGAAACAAAGACGGUUUCAGAAAGCAAGGACUACAAGUCGUCGCUGGACUCAGCAGAGACCUGGCAAACGUGAAAAGAUCAGCCGGGAUGGAUUCUGAUGUACUGAGUGGUUACGUGACAAAGCUCGAAACGGGUCUUGAUAAACUCCGAUCUUUUAUCAAGACAGAGACAACAACAACAACAACAUCAACUCCAGGGAAGUUCUUUGAUUCGAUGAAAGCGUUUCUCAAAGACGCAGAGGAAGAGAUUCGAAAGGUCAAAGGAGAAGAAAGAAAAGCUAUGUCAAUGGUUAAAGAAGUAACAGAGUAUUUCCAUGGAGACGCUGCGAAAGAAGAAGCGCAUCCUUUGAGAAUCUUCAUGGUCGUGAGGGAUUUUCUAGGAGUACUCGAUAACGUUUGUAAAGAAGUGAGGACGAUGCAAGAGAUGUCGACAACAAUGGGUUCGGCUUCAGCUAGAUCGUUCAGGAUAUCAGCUACAGCUUCGUUGCCGGUUCUUCAUAGGUAUAAAGCAAGACGAGAAGAAGAAGAUACAAGCUCAGAUGAUGAACAUAGCAGCAACUCUUCUACGUGAUGAACACAAAAAAGCUGUACAGUUUUUUUUUUUACGCCGAGCAAGGCAUUGAGUUGGUUAAGUCGGAGAAUUUGGACCGGUUAAGAGAGUAACAGACACUACACUAUAAUGA